UUACUUGCAUCAGUCGGCUCAUCCGCCAAAUCGACUCGAAUCUCUUGAUGUGGGUGCUCUUAAAACGAGCCUCAGCCUACCCAAACACGCUCUUAAAUUAUUAUAGACGAACAAUUUAAGUUUGAAUAUGGAUUGGUGGGAUAUAAUAUAAAGAGCAAGAGAGAAGUUGGAAAUGGUUGAUUCGUAGUACCGAACUUCCGUCACUCGCUCACACUCUUCCUUCUCAGUCUUUCACUUAAAUUCAUACAAUUUGCUUGAAAUUCUGAGCAUGAAAGUCCCAAUUAUUGCUUGUCGUCUCAAUGCUCUCUUACUCGAACCAUAUAAUCAACUUUUUGCUAAAUCCAGGGCAUUGCUCUGCGCUCCGUGCCGCCGUCUUUCUACUGCGUCAACAGAGGUUCCGGAAAUGGAUGCAUUCAUGGAAAAACUCAACGACUACGAAAAAAUCGGUGUUCCUAAGGGAGCCGGUACUGAUUCCUGCGACGGUUUCGAUUUAGGUAGGAUGCGGCGGCUGCUGCACAAUCUUGGCAAUCCUCAAUCCAAAUUCAAGGCUAUACAUAUUGCUGGUACAAAAGGGAAAGGAUCAACUGCUGCUUUCCUUUCCAGCAUUUUACGUGCGGAAGGGUAUUCUGUUGGUUGCUAUACUAGUCCGCACAUACGCACUAUUAGAGAGCGUAUCACGCUGGGAACGAGUGGAGAAGCAGUGUCGGGGAUUUCAUUGGAUUCACACUUCCACAAAAUAAAGGAGGAGCUUGAAAGGGCAGUAGAACGUGAAAAAGGGCAUCUCAGUCAGUUUGAGGUUUUCACUGCUAUUGCAUUGAGCUUAUUUGCCGAAGAGAGAGUUCAAUUUGCAGUUGUUGAGGCUGGAUUAGGUGGCGCUCGGGAUGCAACCAAUGUAUUUACCGUUUCAGAUCUGGCAGCAGCAGUCAUUACAAAUAUAGGUGAAGAGCAUCUAGCUGCACUCGGGGGCUCUCUGGAGAGUAUUGCUGUGGCUAAAUCAGGAAUAAUUAAAGAACAGCGUCCACUGGUUUUGGGUGGGCCAUUCCUUCCACAUAUUGAAAGUAUGAUUCGUGAGAAGGCAUUGUCUCUAUGUUCGCCUGUUAUAUCAGCUUCCGAUCCUGGAAAUAGAAGUGUUCUGAAAGGCUUUACUGGAGCCUGUCAGGUGCCUCGCCAGUUAUGCGAUAUUCUGCUCCUGAUUGAGAGGGACUUUCAUUUGUCCAUUGAGCUGCUUAAUCUACAAUUACGCCUGCUUGGCUCUCACCAGCUCCAGAACGCUGUAACUGCUACUUGCACAGCACUUUGUCUACGUGAGCAAGGGUGGAAAUUAUCGGAUACAUCCAUUCGUGAUGGUUUGCAGAGUGCAUAUCUGGUUGGUAGAAGCCAAUUUUUGACAUCUAAGGAAGCUGACAUGCUAGGACUACCAGGGGCAACUAUACUUCUUGAUGGAGCCCAUACCAAGGAAUCUGCCCGCGCUUUGGUGGACAUGAUUAAGAUGGCAUUUUCUGAUGCAAGAUUGGUUCUUGUUGUUGCUAUGGCGAAUGACAAAGACCAUACUGGCUUUGCUAGAGCUCUGCUUUCACUUGGAUGUUUGGAAGCUGUAUGUUUCACUGAAGUUGAUAUUGCUGGACACAGAUCUCGUACAACUUCAUCAUCCUCGUUAAAAUGUUCCUGGAUCAAAGCUUGUAGAGAGAUGGGUGUUGGGUUUCUUGACUGCAGAACUGCUAAUCACAAAUGGAUUGAGGAUCAGCAUCCUGAAUCUUCCAGAAAAAUGGGAUCUGAAUUCAUCCUACUUUUGGAGGGGUCGUUAGUGGAUUCAAUUAGAUUUGGACAUGAGGUCCUCGGUACAACUUCUGCUACUGGAAAUGGGAUAAUUGUAGUCACUGGAUCAUUGCAUAUUGUUUCAGCAGUUUUAGGUUGUCUUGAAACAUGAGCUGAUCUAUAUGUUAAUUAUAUUUUUCUGAAAAGGAGUAUGGUUUUUUUGGGGUCCAGCUAUGUUGUCAAAGACAUGCUAUUGGUUAUACAAUGCAGAACAGGAGGCAUCAAGCCUUACAAAUUUAAUUCUAAA